AUGGAGUCUCUCCUUCAGAGUAGCGGGCAAGGCUGUGAGGAGAUUUUUUCUCGUUGCACUGCCCUGCUAGAGGGAAAACAAAAGCCUAAUCCAGAGGGUGUUUGUUGUGCGGCGUUGGAAAUAACUCGUGCCUUGGCCUGCUUGUUGUCAGAGCGUGGCCGUGCUAAGGGCCUGAAGCUCUACCUCAGCUCUUACAAGAGCAACAAAUGUGAAACUGUCAAACUGGUGAAGAGUAGACAAGCUUCUCAUAUAGCCACAAUAGUCAAGGCUUUUACAAAGCAAAUGCAUCUCUGGCAUCCCUCCUUGAUGUUGGACAGCGAUAGUGAAGUGAGUUCAAAGGAGAGUGAACAUGUGAAAAUCGAAGCCGCUGCUCCACUGAUUGACUUCUUAUUGGAGCUCUCACCGGGUAACAGCAAAGUGCAGGAACUCCAGGCAGCACAUUUGUUUUUCUCGGGCCAGUUUGGCGACAGUGCAGAUGUGUACUCUGCUAUCUUGCAGAAUGACGCUGGGAAGACUGUGCAAGACACAGCCGAGAAGCGAGCCAGGCUCUUAACCAGCCGAGCAGCAGCUUUCUUCUCAGGCGGCGUCCGCGUUGAAGAGGCCUGUGUGGAUCUGGGCGAGGCCUUCGACGUUCACCCUGCGUGUGCUCGGAUUUAUUUCCAAAAGCUCUUCACUGAUCUCGGUACGGGAGGGGCUGCGCGUGGCCAUCUUCGUCAGCAGGCUGAGAAGGGUCUAUCUGGUUUUCGAGAGAUGGUUGUCACCCGAGCAGAUAUGAGGGCCACAGAAGGAGUGGAACUUCUUGAUCCGGUGAUCGCUCAGUUACGGACCCUUUGCCAUUUGGAGCCUGACGGAGGAGGACGAGCGCUGCGGGUGCGACUGACCGAAUGUCUUCUACUAAGGGGAGAGCACAAAGAAGCUCUCUCUAUAUGUAGCCAGCUGGCUGCUGCCAAAGACCAGCACAGCUAUCAGAACACAGUAGAAGUUCUCUGUGGAUAUACACGACUUCUCACAGACGACCACAAGGGGGCUCUGGAGGACUUUCAGGCAGUGAUCGAACACAACGCCCCCCACCCACCCAGCUGUGUGCGGGCGCUCUGUGGCAGGGGUCUUCUACGCAUGAUGGCCGGCUUCCACUACCUCACAGCGCUCGACUAUGUGACCGCGACCAGGUUGCACCCUCUGGAGACGGCGCUCACCGUUCGCUGUCUUGUGCCGUGGAACCUCCGGGGGUUGCUUUUCACUGUUUUAAUGGAGCAGGGCCGAGUCAUGCUGGAGGGGGCUGGAGAGCAUCAUCCGGCCUCAUGUGGAAACUCCCAGCAGACCCUGCAAGGGGGUCAGCGGCAAGCCACAUCAAAGCAAGACAACCACAGAGCAGGGACUCCUGCUGGUGUUCACUCCUUGGCUGUGCUUCUCGUGGACCUCCAGCCCGGCACUGAUGGUCCUCAGAUUCUAGCAGCAGACGCCUUACACCAGCUUGGCCGAGUAGAGGAAGCCUACCGCCUGCUACUGCUUUGCAUGGGACCCACCACUACCCGUGCACCCAUCUUGGCCCGACUUGCCCUGCUACAACUGCACAGAGGGUUUCUGUAUGACACCAAUCAGCUGUUAAAGAAACUUGUUCAGUGUGGCGACACCAAUUGUUUGCGCCCACUGUUGGCAGUGGCUAAGAAGAAGGACCGGGCGCUGCUGCAGGCACAUUGCCACUCCGCUGCCAAACGCAUACUGGGGGGCGCGAGAGACGAGAGCACCAUCAGGGAGGCAGUGGCCUAUCUCUCCAUUGCCAUCAUCAUAUCUGGGGGCGGGGCAGCAGAGUCCUUGCUGGAGAGAGGCAGGUGUUAUGCUUUACUUGGCCAAAGAAAGACAGCCAUCUUUGAUUUCAGUACCAUUAUUAAGGAGCAGCCCAAGCAUGUUCAAGCACUAUGUGGAAGAGGUUUCACCUACCUCCUGCUCAACCAGCAAAAGGAAUGCACUCAUGACAUCCUGGCUGCUCUGCAGAUAAAUACUGAUGAGGUCACCAAAGACCUCCUGUCCCUCAAGGAAAGGGCACGCAAACUAGUCUGUGAUUGGCUGCAUCGGUUCUGCAGGAGCAGCCUGUCAGACGUCCUGGUCACCAAUGCUGUCCCUUGCCACGAGGAGCGACUUAGAGAGGCUUCUAUAAUCUGUGCUGCUCUGAUAAGGACAGACUGCAGAGCUCCCAGAUGGCAUCUCCUCCAUGUUGACAUACUUUUAGCCAAAGGUGAAGUAGAGGCGGCAGGUGUCCACCUGAGCCAGGUGUUUGGCCAAGAGCCAAGAGAUUCAGCAGCCCAGGCCAGGGUAGGCGUGGUAGAGGCCUGGCAGCACAAAUCUUGCAGCGCAGCAUGCAGACUCAGCAAACUCGCUGAGAAAGAGCCGUCAUGUUUGGAUCUCUUGUUGGCUUUGAUCCCACUUAAUCAAAGGAAACGCGUGGCACAGGUGGCAGCACAGGAUGCCAGCAGCAUGUCUUCAGAUGGAAGUUGGGAUCAGGCCCUCCCUCUCCUGACGGUGGCAGUACAAACAGCAGACAAACACAGACUUCAGUAUCUCCGCCAGCGGGCUACCUGCCUCGCUCAGCUCGGCUUACACGAGCGUGCUGUAGCCGACCUCGACCAAGUCAUUCAGAAACACGGUGGGUCCGACGCCAGCUCUUCUGAGGACCCCCGAAUCUUGGCAGAAGGUCUUUGUCAGCGCGGUCACAGCCUAGUGUUGUGUUCCAGAGAAGGACUAGCUCUGGAGGAUUUUAGCCGGGCUCUUGAGCUCCACAGAGAGCGGGCAAUGCAAUGUGUUGAGGAAGGUCUGGGUAGGCUGCGGUUGGCAGAGUGCUUUUUGCGAGGGGCACUGCAGCACUAUGGAGAGCAGCAGCUCAGCAAAGCUUGGACAUUAAUUGAGUGUGGCCUUGUUGUGGAUGAAGACAAUGCAGAACUGCGCAAAGUACGGGCAAAGGUCAAGCGAGAAGUGGCCAGUCCUUGUAAUGUCAACUAGUGAGUCCACAAACCAAAUGGUGAUCCAAUCCACUCAUUAAUAGAAUAACCUUACACUACAUAUUAAAUUAAUGUAUUUAGACCUGAUACAGUCUUUGGUCUGGGAUUCAAUAAUAAGAUUGUAAAUAAUAAGUAAAUAUUAUUAUUCACUUGCAAAUUUACAACAAAUAGUUCCAGUCAAACAUUUACACACAAAUUCUCAUUCAGUAAAAUGAGAAUGUGUUCUCAAACUUUUGACUGGUGUUUUACUUAAAAGAUAAAUAUCAUCAUCAUGGAAUAUCAGGCCUGUUUGCAGACAUCGAUGAUCAGAGCCUUCCAGUUUCCUCUGUCAUUCGCCCUAUGUAUAAGUUCUAUAUUACUGAUAUUUCCGAUAACAUUUCUUAGACCGUUGACAAAUGUUGUUCACUGUUCCCUCUAGUUUCCCUGUUAUUAAGUAAUGUAAAAAUAAUGGAGACUGGACUUCUAUGGUAUCUCUUUCCAGCUGCUUCUCCAUCAAUUACACCAUCAGCAGCUUUUCUACAUUUUCAUGGAUACAUGUCUGCCGUUUAGAUAUUAUUUCAACAUUCUUUGGUGGCAUUAUCGAUUUAGUCUGCUUUCAUAUUGUGCAGAUUAGCAGUGCUGUGCUCGAACUGCUUCACCAAGUUGACUAAUACUACUAAUGGUAGCGAGUAAGACCAGAUGUUUUGGUCAGAUAUUAUAGGGUUUACUGUAAGAUUCCACGGCAACUAAUGGCGGGGAUGCUUGCGACUCAAUUGUUUUGCUUCAACUUGAAGCAUAAUAAUCAGCCCAAAGACAGCUCUUAUUUCAAAACACUCCAAAGAUGGAGCACUCUUCACCUGAGGUAUUACUGUAUGAGCAAACUAAAACAUAAACAAAUUUAAAAAAUGGUUCAAAAGACAAUUUUAGAUGAAAUCAUAAAAAAAUACACACAAUGUCAUGUUGGAACUGGACUUUGUUCUAGCAACAUGAAAAGAACUGUGCCUGCGAACAUACAAAAUAUCAUACAGUAUUUUGACACAGUUAUACAAUUAGUUAUUUCAGAUCUUGAUACUUCAGAUUGUUUCAUACACGUUUUCCAUCCAUCCAUUUUCUACCGCUUACACGUUUUAAUAACAUGAAAUACAUUUUCUGAAAUGAAUACUAACCUAAUCUAUUUUUCCAGUUAGAUUUAGUAUUUCAUUCAAUACAAUUUAAAAUACUUCACAGUAUUGUAUAAUAAUUGGAGAAAACAUGAAAUACAAUGUUUGUGAUAAAUAUUAACCCUAAGCUAUUUUUUUGGGUGAAGAUUAUUAUUUA